AUAGUAAUUCAUUGAAUGCAGGAAAGCAGUGCUCUUCUACUCUCUUCUCUCUCUCUCUCUCUCUCUCUCUCUCUCUCCACCUAGUCUUCAAUGGUUUUCUAUUGAAUUCAUUUUCACCUUUUGUAAUUUUCUUCUUUUCUUCCAAUAUCGUGGGGCAUUGCCAAUCCAUUAUCCAACAUCGGUAGGGACAUUUUGAAGCUGAAAAUAUCCAUCGAUUCGAAUUCAACGCCUUUAGAUAGAGUGAGAAACACACAGGAAAAUGGGGUUGAUUUCCGGGAUAUUUUUGGGGACGGUGUUCGGGAUCGCGUUGAUGGCAGGGUGGCGGCGUAUGAUGAGGUACCGGAGCACUAAGCGAGUCGCCAAGGCUGUUGAUAUUAAACUCUUAGGGUCCCUCAGCAGAGAUGAUUUGAAGAAAAUCUGUGGUGAUAAUUUUCCUGAAUGGAUAUCUUUUCCGGUCUAUGAGCAGGUUAAAUGGUUGAACAAACUUUUGAACAAAUUAUGGCCAUUUGUUGCUGAGGCAGCAACGAUGGUGAUCAAGGAAUCCGUUGAACCUCUACUGGAAGAGUACAGACCUCCAGGAAUUACUUCAUUAAAGUUUAGCAAAUUGUCUCUAGGCAAUGUAGCACCAAAGAUUGAAGGUAUUCGUGUUCAAAGUCUUAAGGAAGGUCAGAUCACUAUGGAUAUUGACUUCCGGUGGGGUGGUGAUCCAAGCAUCAUUUUAGGUGUUGAAGCAGCCCUUGUUGCUUCAAUACCGAUCCAGUUGAAGGAUCUACAAGUUUUCACUGUUGUUCGUGUUAUUUUCCAACUUGCUGAAGAGAUUCCUUGUAUUUCUGCUGUUGUUGUUGCUCUACUUUCUGAGCCAAAGCCAAGGAUAGAUUACACUCUAAAGGCUGUUGGUGGAAGCUUAACAGCUAUUCCUGGCAUAUCUGAUAUGAUUGAUGAUACCGUCAAUUCAAUUGUCACUGAUAUGCUCCAGUGGCCUCAUAGGAUUGUUGUCCCACUUGGUGGUAUACCUGUGGAUACAAGUGAACUGGAGCUUAAACCUCAGGGGAAACUUACUUUGACUGUUGUAAAAGCAAAUGACUUGAAGAACAUGGAAAUGAUUGGAAAAUCUGAUCCUUACGUUGUGGUUCAUAUUCGGCCAUUGUUCAAGGUCAAGACGAAGGUGGUUGAAAACAACCUGAAUCCCAUCUGGAAUCAAACAUUUGAUCUAAUUGUAGAGGACAAGGAGACCCAAUCACUUAUUCUCGAGGUUUUUGAUCAGGACAUUGGUCAAGAUAAGAGGUUGGGAAUAGCAAAAUUGCCUUUGAUUGAUCUAGAGUCCGAGGCUACAAAGGAGAUUGAUUUGAGACUGCUAUCAUCACUUGAUACAUUGAAGGUAAAAGAUAAGAAGGACAGAGGAACUUUAACAAUCAAGGCACUGUACCAUGAAUUUAACAAGGAGGAGCAGUUGGCAGCUUUAGAAGAAGAGAAGAGGAUUCUUGAGGAAAGAAAGAAACUAAAGGAGGCAGGAGUCAUUGGAAGCACAAUGGAUGCACUUGAUGGAGCUGUUGGAAUGGUGGGAAGUGGUAUUGCUGGUGGAGUUGGGCUUGUGGGAACUGGAAUUGGUGCUGGAGUUGGGCUUGUUGGAUCUGGUAUCAACUCUGGAGUAGGAAUUGUGGGGAGUGGGCUCGGAGCUGUUGGCAGCAGCUUGAGCAAAGCCGGGAAAUUCAUGGGCAGGACCAUAACCGGUCAUUCCAGUAAAAACAGCGGGUCUUCAACUCCAGUCAACAGUGUCCAAGAAAAUGGCGGUGCAAAGCCACUUUAGCUUGUUUUUUAUUGUGUGAAUUCUGUCUUUUGUUUGUAGUCACUCUUUCAACUUUUAUUCAACAUUGUCCUCUCAAUUCCUUUCUCUAGCAUGCUCAAAUAGUUAAAAUUUGGUGUCAGAAAAUUUGGCAGUUCAAGAUGUUGGGUUCCUGUACCAUUUGUGCUUUGUAAUAACAACUUUAAUAGAUGUACAAAGUCCAUAGUUGAUAUUUUGUUAAUUCUGAUUCUGUCAGAGAAACAGCUGCUAUGAAUUUCAGAAACCCAUCUGGGUCAUUUAGUUAA